AUGAAAACUCCAAGAAGGAAACAUUAUAAUACACAGAGAGAUGAAUCGGAUGUGUGCAGCAGAGAACUGGGUCCGCUGGAAAUAGGAGAGUUGGAAACACCGAAGGAAAGAAGAUCGGCGCCAGUGGCAGCAGUGAGGUACCUGGCGGGUUCUAAAUUCCAGGCAAACUCGCCAGAAGAGUCAGAGUACACGGAAAACUCGGACUACACAGACGCAAGGAGCGAAAAUAGCGAAGAUUUUGUGGACGCGUACAAAAGUGGGCGCUCGAAAUACCAAGUGAAGAAGCAUAGCAGAAGAUACGGAGAGCUGAGACAGGAAUCGCAGGACUCUGAGCAAGUAGGACACCACCAGCCGCAAAAAAGUAACUUCGCAAGAGAGUUUAAGCUCAAGUAUGGCGCGAACGUGACGUCGAACCUGCAGUACUACCACACAGCCAGAGCAACGCAAGACACGUUCCUCCAAAACAUGGACUAUAUCCAUUCGCAGUUCACGAACUUUAACCCGAACUUCAUCAACUUCAACUACGGACACUUCAGUUACCCGAACUACGGAGGACUGAAGAACAGGACGGGCGAGUACUACAGCGCACAAAACCCACCGAUGUACACGUCGAUUCACCACAGACCGAUGCCAGAGUACGGCUACCAGAGGUCGGAAAACAUGCUCCCACUAAAUCAUGAUUACUACAGCAGGUACGACCCACAGUAUAUGAGGCCGCAGUGGAACUACAACCACAUGUCGCAAGGAUACAUGAGAGGAGGGGAAAGCAGCAGGUCGUCGAACAUGCUAGGAGACUACACGCCGAGAUCACAAAACAGAUGCCAGGACGCAUCUCAGCAGUACCAGUGCACGAGGCACAGCUGCAACAGCAGCCACCACGAUUCAAGCUACGACCACAAAAGAGGACAGUGCGAACACGGCCACCAGCACGACUCUCAUGAGUACCACCACCACGCUUAUAAGCGAGAGCACCGGGAUAAGCACCGAGGAAACGACUACAGCCAGAGCGAUUUGAACAGAAGAGACGAGGAGACGAUGAAGCUAGCAAUAGAGAACGCGGUCAAAAACGCAUUUGACAGCUACAUAAAGACGAAUAAGCUUAAGGAAGGAGACGAAACGUGCUACACAGACCCCGCGCCUGCCAUUUACGCAUUUGAAAAGAGCGACGAGACGCUGACGAGCCACCAUCAGGAUCAGAUGUACGGAGAAAAUGAGAUCCAGAAGGUGAUGGACGACGUGGAUUCGCUGACGAACAACGAUAUGAACGAAUCAGAUGUAAAGACAUUUGCAAAGUACGAAGGAGAGAAGGCUGAGGGAUAUAAAAAGGAGAAGGAGGAUCAGAGCAUGAAUAGAAUGUACAUGAGUCAGCUGACGGACUAUAACGACCUGAGCGAAAACAAGUACGACCACGUGGACCUGUUCAUGACGAAGUCGACGACGCUGUACGAAGUGCAAUCGAGUAAGAUGAAGGAGAGUCAGUCACUAGGAGAUACAAUUAGAUACGGAACGGAGGAAGAGUGCGGAAAAGGCGAAUCUGCGAGAAAGGAAAUUGGAAGUAGGCAGGGGUCGAAGGGAAUCUUUAAGCACGUGGACCUGUUCAACAACGACGAGGAGUCGCACGAUGACCAGUACACGGAGGAAAGGAUGACGAAUAGAGACGACGAGGAAGACGAGGACUCGGCAGUGAUGGGAGGAAGCACGUACGAAGUGGAGGCGACCAUGGAGGCAACAGGCUACUACCAAGGAAGCGACUACCAGGACACGAGCUACUACCCGAGCUCGAGUUUUAACCUGAACACGUUCAACAGCUUCAGCUGCCUGAGAAGCAGCAGCUCGAAGAUGGACAUGAAGGACGACGAGGGAGAAGAAAACAUUAACGGGACGACGCUGAGCACGAGUGACCUGAUAGAGUCGAGAACGAACCUGCAAACCCACAACGACGAGUACGAGGGCGAUUACGACGGUAAUUACAGCGGUGACCACAAUAGGAAUGACUACGAUGGUAGUAAAGGAAUUAAUGACACUGCUACAAGUCCCCCUAACAAGUAUGGCGAAGCAGGUGGUAAAUAUGAGUUGAUGAACCAUUGGAAUGGUGAACGCAAUGCAAAUGGCAAUACUAAUAACAAAAAGGCGGAAAAUAGAGAGAUCAUGCUGAGUAAAACAGAGGAAUCGGAGGAAGAAACGAUGGAAACAUACACACAAAAUCGACCAAAUAAAUCUGAGAACACAAGUGGUCUCAGAGGAACUUACACAGGCCUAUUUUAUCAGAGCCAAACACAAAGCGGAAAAAUAACCUCUGAACAUCAAAAAAGUGAAAACGUAAAGAAUAAUUCAAAUUAUUCCACUGCAAAAAGAUCGCAUCCUCGAAAUAUUGAUGGUGUGUCGCACAUCUGCUCCAGAAUUGAGCAGCUGGAGGAAUCCCUGAGAAGAAUAGAGUCACACCUGAGAAGUAAACCGGAAGAAAAAAAUGAAACACGAAAAAGCAUAGAAUUUAAACUGGAAGGCACGAAGGCGAAGCCGCCACCAGCAAAUACACAAAUGGAUCAAGUGUCGGAACUGGAGCUGAUGGAAGGCUACAAAGCGGCGUCAAUGAUCAAAAAGCUGCUGCACGUAAAGUCGAUGGAUUCACUGAUCCCAGCAUUUACAGCGUUCGUGAAGAACAGGAUGGCGUAA